AUGGAGACCUACAAAGUAACAGUGCACACUGGAACGAGGCCCUUGGCUGGCACAACUAGCUAUAUCUACAUCCAACUGCGUGGUACUAAGGCUGAGAGUGAGGAGAAGAUUCUAGAUCAGGCUUUUUCUCUGGGGUUUAGUGAAGGAUCGGUGCGAACGUUUGAUGUAGAGUGCAAAGCAUCCCUAGGAGAGCUCAUUUAUAUCACGCUCUCCUCCAAGCCAUUUAUGGGUCUUGACAACCAGUGGUUCUGCAACAAGAUCUUGGUCACGACGCCCGAAGAUGUCAAGAUUUUGUUCCCAUGCUACCGAUGGCUUGGCAGUGAGGAGAAUCUUGUUUUAAGACAUGCCAAAGCUUCGCUUGUGUUCCAGGACACUAACCCAAUAGCCCAAAGACACAGGAUGAGGCAGCUAAAGGGACGACAGGAGGCAUUUGGGUGGGAAGUGUAUGCAGAGGGUACGCCCCAAGUUAGCCACUAUGAAUCUGCCAUUGAUAUGCCUGCUGAAGUCCAAUUCUCUUACACGAAAACCUUCGACUUUGCCUACAAUGCAGUAACACAGUUACUUGCUCUGAAGCUGGAAGGAUUAGCUGACAACAAAAUGACAUGGGAAAGCAUGAACGAACUGGACAGAAUCCUUUGUGAAAACAGAAACAAAACCAUUGAUUACGUUCAGGAGCACUGGGAUGAGGACGAGUUCUUUGGCUAUCAGUUUCUGAAUGGCAUCAACCCCAUGAUGAUCCAGCGCUGCUCAAAGCUGCCAGUGAACUUCCCCGUCACAGAGGGGAUGGUCAAAGACUCCCUAGGAGGGAGCAGCUUGGAGGUGGAGAUGAAGAGAGGGAACAUCUUUCUGUGUGACUACAAGAUGUUGGACGGACUUGUGGGAAAUGAAGUCCAUGGCAGACAGCAGUAUCUCACAGCUCCCCUGGUCCUGCUCUACUGUGACUCUAACGAUAUGAUGAUGCCCAUCGCCAUUCAGUUAGGGCAAAAGGCUGGGGUUCACCACCCCAUAUUCCUGCCCACCGACUCAAAGAAUGAUUGGCAGCUGGCUAAGAUCUAUGUGCGGGCUGCAGAGUUCAGCGUGCAGGAGGUUGACAUUCACCUGCUGAGAACUCACCUGCUGGCUGAGGUGUUCACCAUGGCAACAUUGCGGAACCUCCCCUCCCCACACCCACUCUUCAAGCUUCUCAUUCGCCACACUCGUUACACACUCCAGAUCAACAUAUUGGCGAGAAAUCGGCUGAUUUCCGAGGAUGGUGUCAUCACCAAAUAUUCAGGCAUUGGUGGUGCAGCCCUGGAUGAGUUGCUGCUGCGUGCGACUGCAUCCCUGACCUACAGCUCCCUCUGUCUGCCUGAUAACAUCUCUGAGAGAGGCCUGGACGAAGUACCACACUACUACUACAGAGAUGAUGGGUUGAAACUGUGGAAUGUUAUCAACAAGUAUGUUGAAGGAGUCUUACAACAUUACUACAAAUCUGAUGAUGACGUGAAGAAGGACACAGAGCUGCAGAGCUGGAUCAGUGAGAUAUUUACCAAUGGCUUCAAGGGAAAGAAGAGCACAGGAAUACCUGAGAGUUUUCAGGCAGUGGGGGAUCUCAUCAAGUUUGUCACCAUGGUGAUCUUCACUGUCACUGCCCAACAUGCCGCUGUCAACAAUGGACAGUUUGAGUUCGGCGCCUGGAUGCCUAACCUCCCCUCUGCCUUAAGAAAGCGCCCUCCUGUUCACAAAGGCCAGACCAAUGAGAUCUCCAUCCUGGAGACCCUACCUGAUGUGGGCACGACGGUGAAUGUAAUGGCUGUCCUGAAACUGCUUAGCCAAAAGUCAACAGACCAUUACCCUCUGGGAGAUUUCCUAGAAGAGCUGUAUGAUGAAAAGGUCCCUUGCAAGCUCAUUGAAGACUUUCGAAAGGAUCUGGAGAAGUUGACAGAUGACAUCAAGGAGCGGAACAAGAAGCUGGAGCUUCCCUAUACCUAUCUGGACCCCAGAAAUGUGACAACAGUGUGGCCAUUUGAAAGCGUAGAGUAG